UCCCAAAUUCUAAAUCCAAAAUUCCACUUCCACGCAUUGUCGAAGUGAAAGUGUGAUUAAGCAAAGCCGCUCAAGAAUGGUGAAUUUUUUGCUUAAGAUCAAAGCGGAGCUCGAGAACCUCACGAAUCUUCAGCCCCAAGAUGGUUGCGAUGAUCCCAACUUCCCUUACCUUUUCAAAGUCAAAUGCGGGAGAUGCGGAGAGUUGAGCCAGAAAGAAACUUGUGUGACCUUGAAUGAAACUAUUCCUCUCCAAGCGGGUAAAGGGACUACUAAUCUCGUUCAAAAGUGCAAGUUCUGUGGGAGGGAUGGAACUAUUACAAUGAUUCCGGGGCGAGGUCAACCAUUGACUCAGGAAACAAGUGAAUCAGGGAAGUCAUCUCCUUUGAUGUUAUUUGACUGCAGAGGUUACGAGCCUGUGGGCUUCAUAUUUGGACCUGGAUGGAAAGCAGAAUCUAUAGAAGGGACUAAGUUCGAGGACAUUGACUUGUCUGGAGGUGAGUAUGCAGAGUACGAUGAGAAGGGAGAAUGCCCUGUCAUGAUUUCCAAUCUAGAGGCCACAUUUGAGUCGGUAAAGUAGGAGGUAAUCCUCACCUUAGAUCUCUGGAUGUAAAAAAUUGAGCAUUUUGAUGCUGCUAUUGAUAUCACCCACUCUAUACUUU